UUAACACAUUUAGUGCUCACUACUCGGAUCCGAGUUGGGAGGGGGGAUAGUAGCGGUGCCGCGCACUCGGAUCCGAGUGACCGGCCUGUGCAUUUUGUAGUAGUCAGUAAGCCGCCGGCGUUUGAGGUGAGUUUAUGUUGGUUUGCGCGACCGCUCUGAAACAUAUUCAACUUACGAAAACGCGUAUUGGUUUCAUUAUAACAGUGUAAUUGUGACUUUUACACACGAUCGUAUCAAAGCUAUUUUUGCACUAAAAUGGACAAUAAGGCUGGACCGUCUGGAAGUAAAUCUACGAGUAGUUCUAGAAAAAAGCGUCGGCAAAGUGAUGACUAUGAGUCUGACUAUAGUGAUGAGGAUGUGUAUUCUCAAAGAGCUGAUGAAGACUCUUCAAGUUCAGAGGACUCUUCUAGUUGCGGCAGUGAUGAUAGUAUCUUUGAUACUAGACUGAAGCAAAAGACGACCAGCCGUGUACCACCAGCUCAACCUUCAAGGUCAUCUGCCCCAAAGACGACAAGCCAUAUACCACUAGCUCAACCUUCAAGGUCACCUGCCUCAAAGACAGUCAGCUGUGUACCACCACCUCAACCUUCAAGUUCAUCUGCAUCAAAACGUGGUUUAUGUGAGUCAGAUGGAAGGGCUAUCAUUCAAUGUAAGCGAUUAAGACCUUCAUUUAGGGAUGGCCCCACGCGUAAUAAUUCUACUCAAUCGUUGAAGUUACCAGAUCUAAAUAGUUCCUCAGCAUCGAAGUCAGCGCCUCGACUACUGGAAUUUGAUGGAGACGGUAGCUUUGAAUUCAAUUCUGAAAUUGACUGCCGUCCUACAUCGCCGAAUAUCGUACAGGACUAUGGAGAUUUUUUGCCGGAUAUACCAAUUAACCCUACCAGUUCAACACCUAGCGUAUCUCUUCUGAGAUCCGAUGCGAUCACCCCCAACCUUUCGCCAGAACGUGAUGACGUCUCUCCAUCAAUUAUGGCUGUUCGGAGAUCUGGAAGUCGUACUCCAGACUUACCCGAUGAUUUUUAUCUAUCACCCAAUAACUCACCCUCUGGUCAAGGAGCCACUACCACCUGGAGCAGUGAUCCAAGCUCCAUGAAAAGCUUAGAGUUUACUAAGGAACAGGAACUCUUAGUGCCGCCUCCAACUGAUCCUUACGAAGCAUUCCGACUAAUGAUUGAUGACGAGUUGUUAGAUCUUAUAGUUCGCGAGACCAACGCGAACGCAAUAAGAGUCGGUAAUGCACAAAACGUCAAACAAAACUCCAGAAUAAAAUCUUGGAAAGAUUUAACAAAGGAAGAACUGCUGACAUUUUUAGGACUCCUUCUUCACACAGGAACAAUUCGACUAAACCGUUUAAGUGAUUAUUGGAAACGACACUAUUUGUUUAAUAUUCCAUGCUUCGGACAAUUCAUGUCACGAAAUCGUUUUUUACUUAUUUUACGAUGCCUACACUUUACGUCUGUAACCAGUGAAGAAGACCGUCUCAAUAAAAUCCGACCAUUCAUGGAUCAUUUUAACAAUAAAAUGAAAACUAUUUACUGUCCAGGUAAAGAGCUAUCAUUGGAUGAGUCCAUGGUAUUGUGGCGCGGUCGGUUGCUGUUCCGACAAUAUAUAAAAAACAAACGGCAUAAAUAUGGCAUUAAACUCUAUGUUUUAGCAGAACCAGAUGGUACGGUCUUGAAAUUUCAAGUUUACGCCGGUGCUAAUGAUGAGACAUCAGGGCAAGGACAUAGUAGUAAGAUUGUCUUCAAACUACUAGAAGAGAGACUGGACUGUGGCCAUCAUGUAUACAUGGAUAAUUAUUAUAAUUCUUAUGGCCUGGCUGUGAAAUUGCUAGAUCGACAGACAUACUGCACAGGAACGUUAAGAAAAAACAGGAAAGAUAAUCCCGUCGAAAUUGGCUCUGUUUCACUGGAAAAGGGAGAAAACAAAUCCUUGUUCUUGAACGGCGUUCAUGUCGGAAAAUGGAGGGAUAAGCGAUACGUUCUGUAUAUUUCUACAGAACACGGUAGUGAGAUGAUCUUCAAGAUCAGAUGUUGGCAUACUAUCCAGUCCAAAGGAAGACGCUGCGUUGGUACAAGAAGCUGUUUGUGCAUAUGCUGCAAAUGAGCCUUACUAAUGCAUUGCACUUGUACAAUACAUUUUCGGCGAAUGACAAAUUAAAUCUAUAUGAUUUCCGUAUGAAGAUACUGGAGAAGCUUUUACCUGAUCCUAAUGAUGUAAAUCGACGCAAUGUUUUGAAAGUGAAACACGAACUCACAAAAAUAGAAAAGACCCGGACGAGAGUUAAGACAGUAGGAAGAGUCACGAAACAAACUAUCGAAGUGGUCCGAAAAGAAUGCAAAGGUUGCAAAUCACAGAAAAAAAGGGUGCAAACAAUUUAUGAAUGUAAGCAAUGUGAAGGUUCUCCAGGUUUCUGUACAAAAUGUUUCUGCCUAGCACAUUCAUAAUUGUUUUCAUUAAAUUUUAUUGUUUUGUUACCUAUGUGGUUAAAAUUUUCAGAAUAUUUUUUAUUCCUUUGUACCUUUAUGUGAGUGACUCACCUUUAUUCUGUGACAAGUUUUCAAUUAAACUUAUAAUUAUUACGUA